GAGCACAAACAGGGGUGAGGUGGAGAGAGAAGGGGGACACAGAAUCUGAAGCAGGCUCCAGGAUCUGAGCUGUUAGCACACAGCCUGACACAGGGCUCGAAUUCACAAACUGCAAGAUUAUGACCUGAGCCAAAGUCGGACGCUCAACUGACUGAGCCACCCAGGUGCCCCUAUAUGAAAUAUAUUUUAAAUUGAAGGUUAAGAUAGAUUAAGAAGAAAGUGUUUUCUCUUGUAACCGUUAAAAAUAAAAAAAACAUAGUUAAAUCAGUUCAUUUACUUGUAAGUAAUUCUUGUUUCACUGAUCUAGGGUUAAGUAAUCUAUUUACACAAAGUUGUCUGCACUGGACUAACAGAAUCGUAGAAAUCCUUACCAAUUCUCUUGAUUUAGUGAUUACAGAUGUUGAUUCAUGAAGGUAAGGUCAGCUUUAUCCCAGGAUGCCUGUAUCCAGGAGUCUCUUCUACAUAACAGUAACAGUUCAGAUGAUUUGGUACAGUCCUUUACUAAGGAUCUUUUGAUGUACAUCUUUCCUUCUUUCCUUGGGUACAGUGGCAGCAAGGAUGUUGACUCAUUUUUGUUUCUUGAGUCUCAUUGCUACAGUUGGUCUAGUUGCUCUCUUCAUAUGGUAUACACUGCUGUUAUUAGAAUUUUAUUCACAAUGUUUGGAUUUCCUUUACCCCUUGUCUGUGUAGCACCCUUGUUUUCCAUGUGUCAUGUCUUUUUAUUGGUUUAUUCAUUAGAGGAAGAAGACCGUAUUCUUUAGUAGCUUUUUGAGAAAGAGUAAAUGGGAAGUAUAUUUUGUGAAACUGUAUGUAUCUGAAAAUUAUCGCUAUGUAUUAGAUACUUGAUUGAUAGUUUGGCUAGGUAUAGAAACCUGGGUUGGAAAAUAUUUUUCAGAAGUUUAAAUGCACUGUUCCAUUGUCUUCUUGCUUCUGUUACUGCUGAGAAAUCUGAAGCCAUUCUUAUUUGUGAUUUUCCCUUCACUGGCCGCUUGUAGAAUUUGUUAUUAGUCUUCAGUGUCUUGAAAUUUCACUGCAAUUCUUUGAUGUGGAUAUGUUUAUCAUUGUUUGCUGGAAUUCAUCAGGCCCUUUCAGUUUGGCAACCCUUGUUUUUCAGUCUUGGAAUUUUUUAUUAAGUGAUUUCAUUGGUGAUAGCUGUUUUCCAUUCUGUCAUUCCAAUGUGAAUUUUUGGAGGGGUACUUGACUUUUCUUAGAUUUUUUUUCCGUUGUAUUUACAACUUUGUCUUUUUGUUCAGCUAGAUUUCUUCAACUUUGUCAUCUAGUUCUUCUAUUGAGUUUUUCAUUUUUUAUGUUAUGUUCUUAAUGUCUACUUUUUGUUUUUAGCCUGUAGUCUUUUUUUUUUUUUAAGUAAACUCUGUGCCCAACAUGGAUCUUGAACUCACAACCCCAAGAUCAAGAGUCUUAUGCUCUACUGUAUGAGCCAGCCAGGAACCCCUAGUAUUCUAUUAUUGACACAUGAUUGUAUUAUUUUUUCUUAUCUGAGGAUAUUAUUUUUUUUGAAGUUUUUUUUCUUGCAUAGUCUUUGUGAGUUUUUUUGUUUAGGUUUGUUUUUUGGUUUGUUUUUGGUUUGUCUUCCAUGUGAGACUUGUCUCGGUUGUCCUUUUUUUCUUGCCUGACUGUUGUGGAAAAUUAAGAAGUUGAUUAGAAUAUCUAAAUUUGUCAGCUUUUAAACUUUUUAGGCUUUUCUGUGUGGGGUGGUUUUGAGAGCUCCCAAGACCUUACAGUCUUGUGUUUUGUGGUUUUUAAGUACACUCCGUUUUCAUUUUCUUAUGUGGAGAAUAAGGGUCUGAUUGGUAGCAUUCUGGAAGAUUAAUGGAAGAAAAGGACUAGGUGUCUCUGCAGCCAGCAUUUAGUCCCUCUCUUUUUGGUAUGCCACUCUCAUUUUUAAACGUGGAUGUUGUCUUCAUAGUUUUGCUAGGACUCUGGAGAGGAGGUAUUCAGUGGAAUGUGGUAAGGAUAUCGAUGGUAUCUUAUUGAUUUGCAAACAGCUUUCACUAGUAUUCCCUUUUUUAGUCAUACCAGCCUUACUGUUUGCUCCCUUCGUCCCAGUCGUCCUUGUUCUUUUAGUCGCUAUGUCUUUUGAAGUUGCCGCCAUGUAACUCAAAUUGGUUCUUGUCCCCAGUGAAGCAUGUACUAUGAUGUUUUGGGAACUGCUAAGUUAGUUACCAGUGGUUUUGCUUAUUUUCAUCUUCCCAAAUCUUUUUAGCUAUUUUCUUUUUUACUUUUCUCCUUGUUCCUAAGGAUUUAUGCUUUCAAAAACUACCUUCAUUGUAGUUUUAGUGGGCUUUGAGAGAGGGGAAUUAUGGUGUUUUCAUUUCAUUGUCUUAAUACCAUUCUCAUGUUUAUUUUCUCUUUUAGCAUAUGUAAGAUUGGUAAUAACAUGUAACUGAAGUAUAUUAGUUAAAUAAAAGUGUAUUUAGUUUUUACUUGAUAUAGUGAAACCUGUUAUUUAGGUUCUAUGGAAUCUUCAAUAUUUUGCAUAUGUAAAAUCUUGUAAUAGUAUGGUAUAUGUUAUAUAAAAGGUUAUAGUAGUUAAUUACAGUUAUUCUCUUCCAGUUCUCUUUGUUGCUUGGGCAACCCAUAGCAAAUGGUCACAUUCUCUGCUCAUAAAAAUUUGAAAUUAUGGUACUCUUGUUUUACAUGAUUAUUAAGACUGAAAUGAAAAAAUUAUGUGAAAAGUGCUAGUUUUUAUUUAGAAAGAGAUAAAACAUUGAGUAAUCAUGGAAAUGUUUACCUAAUAUUUGAAGUAGCUUUGAAAUGUGUUUGCUUUUACAAAUAAACAAUAAUUGGGUUCAUUAGGACUUAUCCUAUUUAAAGCAAAUUUCUUAUAUGACAUAAAAGCCAAGCUGUAUUCUUAGUAAAAUUUGAAAACGUAAAAGUAAAUAAUAUACCUAUGUUCCAUAAUUUUCUAUAGGCUUUUUUCAUAGUUCAACUAUUCUGAGCACAUAGUAGAUCCUAUAAAAACACUAAAAACUGGACAAUGCUCUACAAAAGGUAUUUUUUCUAUGUUGGUUUUUAAGUACAGAGGUGUUUUAGGACAAGGCUAAAAACUUGUUGACUCAUUAGUUGACUUCUUUUUCCUAGAAAGUAAGAGUUGAGCUCCUGAAAAUGAAAGUUUUAAAGAUGUAGAAUUUUCUGAGAUUUUUAUAGUAGAAAUGAAAACACUGGGAAUUAACUUAAGCUCAAUAUCCGUCUAUUGAACAAAUACUGUGUUUCACACUGUGGAAGUGAAUGGGAAAUGACAUAAGAUGUAAUUUCUGUCCUUUAGGAACUCAUUAUAAAGAUAUAAGCAAUGAAAUGUGAUAAGUGUAAUGAUGGUAUGCACAAAAGAUCUUGAGAGAGAAAUUACAGCUGGCUUGGGGGAUGGGUAUUGUAAGGGGAAAAGAGAGUAAGUAAAAGAUUGUUACUGAUGAGAUAAUUUAGGUUGAAUCAUGAGUAAGAUUUAUUGGGUGAACUAGGGUAGUUUCUUUAGGAUAGAGUGAAACAUAUGGGCAGUGGCACCAGUUAUCUGAAUAACAGUGUAAGUAUUUUUCUUUUCUGAACUAUUUUCAUGAUGUGUAGAAACAGAACCAAUGUGGGAAGAAAUGGGUGAUGGAAGCUCCAUGGGCUCAGACUGGGUGUAGUCUAGGAUGGAUUUCAGCUCUUAGCACUUUUGUGAAGUUACUUAAUCUUUGAGCCUGUUGUUUUCAGUCAUGAGUUGGAAGUAACAUAACCUCAUAGGAUUAGUGUGAGAAUUAAUUGAAAUGAUGCAUGUAAAACUCAUCUGAAGAUUUGAUCUAUAUUAAUGUACUUCCCUACUCCUUUGUUUUCUAAAGUCUCAUGUGUGAAGUAGAUAAUCAGUAUAUUUAUUGUUUUGUUUUUUUUUUAAUGUGCCUUGGGAUAAUAGAGAAAAUCUAGUACAUUGGUAGUUAAAUGAUUGUAUUGGCUGGAGGAGGAUUGGUACAAUGAGGGAAUGUAGAUUAUGUCUUUUAUUUUGAAGUCUAAAUUGGGUGAAAAGGAGUUGUUAUAGCUAAUAGUAAUAGCCAGCAACUUAGCUUGCUUCAAAAAGCUUAGACUGAGAAAAAAGUAGUCAGGAUUUACAUUGGAAAAGUAUUUGGCAAGACAGGGGAGGCUUGGGGAGGAGGGGAUGGGACAGGGUACAUUUGAGGGUGUGUUACAUAAUUUAAAUUUUUGUAGAACAGACUUCCAAAAGAAUCUGCUUCCUGAAUAUCAGAAGUUGCUCAUUCAGCAGCUUUAAAAAUUUUGGCUAUUUGUCUUGACAUUAACCUUAGUCACAUUUUAGUGCCACAGUAAUGUCUAUCCUGUUUGAAUCUUUCACAGUUUACCAAUCUCUUGAUUUUAGCAACUAGAUUUGAGCCAUCCUCAGAGAAUAUUAUUAUUAUUAUUAUUUUGAAGAAUUAAUCUGGCUUGGUUAAAUGUAACCUUUUUCCCCCAAUGUACUAUUUGAAGCAGUUUUUACGUACAUCGUCCAAUUUGACUAAUGGAGAAUAAGUAGGGAUCUUUUAAAAAGCUGAAUAGUUUUGUUUCAUUUUUAAACUUUUGUUAUGGGAAGAUUUAAAUAUAUACAGAAAUAAAAUGAAAUAAUCAACUCCAUGUGCCCAUCACUCAGCUUGAACAAUCAUCAACUUAUGGGGCCAAUCGCCUUUUGAAUAUAUCCCUUCCACCUCCCUGCACCCUUAAUGAAUUUUAAUAAAUACCUACAUCUAGUGGUGGAUAGACACAAGAUCACAUAGGGCAGCUAGAUUUUAGGAAGCUUAACCAAGGCAAAGAGAAGGAAAAGGUGGAUUUCCUAGAUGAUGUGAGCUAUCUAUCAAGCACACAGGUUCCUUCUGUGCUCUUGUCCUUCACUUCUCUUGAUGGGUAGGUUACUGCCAAGACAGAUUUGUUGGGAUCUCGCUCAAAUUUGUCUUGUUUAUAUAUCCACUUUCCGACUGAAUUUUACCCUUUUGUUUUCCCAAUUUUCUUUUUUUCCUCCAGGGGUGUCUACAUUCUUUAUUUUUAUUUGUUUUUCACCCAUAUUAAAAUGUUGGGAGGUCUGUGGCAGGGCAUGAAAUUUAAUUUGCCCUGGGACCAAACACUCACCUGGAAAUGUCUUUGUGGCCAUCUGGACUACAAAAGAGAAGAAAUUGUUUUUAUCUUUAUAGCUGAUGACUCAAAAUAAGCUUUGUUGUCAUUGUAGCUCUAAUGACUCUAGUCUCUUCCCAGCGAUUACUUAAAAUUAUUGUCAAGAUUCAAAAAUUUGACUGCAAGCUUUAACCAUUCUGCUAGAUUUGAGUACUUUGGGGCUUAGAUUCUGUGGGGAAAAAGAGAAUAAUUAGCCUUCUAUAAAUGGAAAUUGGCUAUCAGGAUUUAAACAACUUAAUUUUCCAGAAAUUUUAAAAAUUGGCACUCUUUUUGUGAUAAAAGUACUAUAAAAGACAAAAAAAAAAAGGGCCUUGAGCAGACUUUUUUUUUCUGGACUGAAAUGGAGGCUUUCUUUCAAGCGAAUUCCCUGAUGUUUGCUGUGUGUGAUUUGGCUCUAUCUCUGUAACUGCUAAUAUGUGGCAUGGACUUCAAGCUGUCUGGGAUCUGGAUGUGCCCAAAGUCUGUAUUGCAAGUCGGGGUGGAUUCGCAGGCAUUGUGUUACAAAACUGGCUUGCUGCCUUCUCUGUUUUCUGUGUCCUAACCAGCUGCAUUGUUUGUUGCAGUAUAUGCAUUAGCUGUUGUCUGUGUUCAGUUUCCUGCAGGCUGAAAAAGUGGGAGGGGCUUUCUUUGAUACAUAGCUGAGUUUUCACUGUGUGAGUUCUUGAGUGCACAUUGCAGCCAUCUUAAUUACACUUUAGUGCAACUGAGACAGUGCAGCUGUCUCAAAAUGGCUGCUGACUUAGUCUUUGUAGCUGCUUAGGCAGCAACUAUGCCAGUGAGGAGACUUGGCACAUGCAUCAGGACCAGAGAUUCAAAAUGGAUAGUAUAGAAGAACCUCAGAAAAAAGUCUUCAAGGCUCGAAAAACAAUGAGAGUGAGUGAUCGUCAGCAGCUUGAAGCAGUGUACAAGGUCAAAGAGGAACUGUUGAAAGCUGAUGUCAAGCUAUUAAAUGGCAACCAUGAAAAUGGAGAUUUGGACCCAACUUCACCUUUGGAAAAUAUGGAUUAUAUUAUUGACAAGGAGGAGGUGAAUGGCAUUGAAGAGCUUUGUUUUGACCCUGAAAAAAGUAAAUCAGAAUGGAAAGAAACCUCCUGUACCUUAAAUGUUAAUGUAAAAAAUAAGCAGGAUGAUGACUUAAAGCAUGAACCUUUGUCUCCUAAUAAUACAGCUCCUGAACUAGUCUGUAAACUGACUGCUGAACCAUCUUCUGAUGAGCCAGCCUCUGGUGAUCUGGCUAUGGGAGAUCCAGCUGCUGGAGAUUCAGCCCCUGAAGAUCUGGCCUCUGAAGUACUAACCUCUGGUGAUCCUGCCUGUGGCGAUCCCACUUCUGGUGAUCCCACCUCUGGUGAUCUCACCUCUGGUGAUCCCACCUCUGGUGGAAUAGUCUCUGGUGAAACAGUCUCCAGUGAACCAUUCUCUGGUGACUUGGUCUCUGGUGAAUCAGUCCCUGGUGAAUCAGUCUCUGCUGAGCCAGUGUCUAGUGAUCCGGCCUCUGAUGAUUCAGCCUCUGGUGAUCUGUCCUCCGAAGCCCUGGCCUCUGAUGAUCCAGCCUCUAGUGAUCCGGCUUCCGGUGAUCCAGCCCCUGGUGAUCCAGCUUCUGGUGAUCUGCCCUCUGACGAACCCACUUCUGAUGAACUGACUUCUGAAUCAGCCUUUGAUCCUACCUUUGAACCAAGUUCUGUACCAGUUUGUGAAUCUGUUCCUGAAACUGACAUUACAGAGCCUAGUAGCAAUAAAGGUGGUGAUUUUCUUGAGAAAAAUAGUGAUGAUGAAAAGUUAGACCAAAUUUUCUCAUUUGACGAGAAAAAUAAGGCUGAUAGUAAUGUUGAUGGCGAUGAAGAAACUCUAGAAACAGAUGAUACAGUUAUUUGUUCAGAUCUACCUCCUGAAAAUGAAAAGAAAGUAAAGGAAGAUACUGUCACAGAACCUGCUCUUGGAGAGGAGGCUAUAUCUAGCAGUAUGGAAAUUGACCAAAGUGAAAAGAAUGAAAAUGAAAAUUCUGCAGACCGUUCAGAAACCAUUAGUGAAAAUGUUACAAAAGAUGAGAAAAAUGAGAUUAUCUUGGAAAACACAGAUUCUAUGGAGACAGAUGAAAUUAUUCCUAUUUUGGAAAAGCUUGCACCUGCCGAGGAUGAACUUACUUGCUUUUCUAAAACUUCUCUUCUUCCAAUUGAUGAGACAAAUCCAGAUUUGGAAGAGAAGAUGGAAGGUUCUUUUGGUUCACCAUCCAAACAAGAAAGUAGUGAGAGUUUGCCAAAAGAAGCCUUUUUGGUCCUUUCUGAUGAGGAGGAUAUUUCUGGUGAAAAAGACGAGUCUGAAGUUGUACCACAAAAUGAAACAUGCUCUCCAGCGGAAGUAGAAACUAACGAAAAGGAAAGCAAACCUGAGGAAGAAGAGCAAGUAAUAAAUGAAGAUGAAAGACCUUCUGAGAAAAGUGAAUUUUCCAGAAGAAAGCGUUCUAAGUCAGAGGACAUGGACAAUGUACAGUCCAAACGUCGUCGAUACAUGGAAGAAGAAUAUGAGGCAGAAUUUCAAGUGAAGAUUACAGCCAAGGGAGAUAUUAACCAGAAGCUACAAAAGGUUGUACAGUGGUUGCUAGAAGAAAAAUUGUGUGCGCUACAGUGUGCUGUAUUUGAUAAGACUUUGGCAGAAUUGAAAACACGAGUGGAAAAGAUUGAAUGCAACAAGAGACAUAAAACAGUUAUUACUGAACUACAGGCCAAGAUAGCGAGGUUAACCAAACGCUUUGGAGCAGCCAAAGAAGAUCUUAAGAAAAGACAAGAAAAUCCACCAAACCCACCUGUAUCACCAGGAAAGUCUGUGGUUGACGUCAACAGCAAUAAUAACAAUGUGCCAUACAGAAAUGCAGGCACAGUGAGACAGAUGCUGGAGUCCAAAAGGAAUGUAAGUGAGAGUGCACCAACAUCCUUUCCAACCCCUGUGAAUACAGUAUCUUCAACCAAUCUUGUCACUCCUCCAACAGUUGUCAGUAGUCAACCUAAGUUGCAGACUCCAGUUACUUCGGGUUCUCUGACAGCAACGUCAGUUCUUCCUGCACCCAACACAGCUACAGUAGUUGCUACUACUCAGGUGCCUAGUGGAAAUCCCCAACCUACAAUCUCUUUACAACCUUUACCAGUGAUUUUGCAUGUACCUGUUGCGGUAUCCUCCCAGCCUCAACUCCUACAGAGCCAUCCAGGGACUUUAGUGACCAAUCAACCGUCUGGCAACGUUGAGUUCAUUUCUGUACAAAGCCCACCUACUGUGAGUGGUCUCACCAAAAAUCCAGUAUCCUUGCCAGCCUUGCCAAACCCCUCUAAACCAAACAAUGUUCCUUCUGUGGCCAGUCCUAGUAUUCAAAGGAACUCUCCUGCCAGUGCUGCAACCUUAGGAACGACACUUGCUGUACAGGCUGUUCCAACAGCACACUCUAUUGUACAAGCCACAAGGACUUCUUUACCUACAGUAGGCCCAUCGGGACUCUAUAGUCCAUCAAAUAAUCGAGGUCCUAUACAGAUGAAAAUUCCAAUUUCUGCUUUUAGUACUUCGUCUCCUGCAGAACAGAGCAGCACUACUACCCCAAGAAUUGAAAACCAGACAAACAAAACAAUAGAUGCUUCUGUUAAUAAGAAAGCAGCUGAUAGCACAUCACAGAGUGGAAAAGCCACAGGCAGUGAUUCGGGUGGUGUCAUUGAUCUCACAAUGGAUGAUGAAGAGAGUGGAGCUUCACAAGACCCGAAAAAGCUAAAUCAUACCCCUGUGUCAACCGUGGGUUCUUCUCAGCCUGUGUCUCGACCAUUGCAACCCAUCCAGCCAGCACCACCUCUUCAACCAUCUGGGGUGCCAACAAGUGGACCAUCACAGACAACCAUACAUUUACUACCUACAGCUCCAACCACCGUGAAUGUAACACAUCGUCCAGUAACUCAGGUGACCACAAGACUCCCUGUACCGAGAGCGCCUGCAAACCACCAAGUGGUUUAUACAACUCUCCCAGCACCACCAGCUCAGGCUCCCCUGCGAGGAACUGUUAUGCAGGCUCCUGCUGUUCGGCAGGUCAAUCCCCAAAACAGUGUCACAGUUCGAGUGCCUCAAGCAACUACAUAUGUUGUAAACAAUGGACUAACCCUGGGAUCAACAGGACCUCAGCUCACAGUGCAUCACCGACCACCACAAGUGCAUACUGAGCCCCCCCGCCCUGUGCACCCAGCACCCUUACCAGAAGCCCCACAGCCACAGCGUCUGCCCCCAGAAGCUGCCAGCACAUCUCUGCCUCAGAAGCCACACUUGAAGUUAGCACGAGUUCAGAGUCAAAACGGCAUUGUACUGUCAUGGAGUGUCCUGGAGGUAGAUCGAAGCUGUGCCACUGUGGACAGCUAUCAUCUCUAUGCUUACCAUGAGGAACCCAGUGCCACUGUGCCCUCACAAUGGAAAAAGAUUGGAGAAGUAAAGGCACUUCCCUUGCCCAUGGCAUGCACUCUCACCCAGUUUGUAUCUGGCAGCAAAUACUACUUUGCAGUACGAGCCAAGGAUAUUUAUGGACGUUUUGGACCUUUCUGUGAUCCUCAGUCAACAGAUGUGAUCUCUUCUUCCCAGAGCAGUUAAACCUUGGAGCCUCUAUCUCUUCCUCUUUCUGACUUCCACUUUUUGGUCUUGUUUUAAUCUUGUGCAUGAUAUCCAUUGUAAAAUCCACAUUGUGCAAGAUUUCUUGGACAGCUGUGUAUAUACACUACAUUUGUUUAUAAUCAGAAGUAAAAUAAACAGCCCAUAAAGCAAGAAUCUUCUCCUGGACAAUUGAAGCUUCAAGGUUUUGAAAUGUAAAUGUGCACCUUGCUUUAGUUUUAAGGCUGGGGAAUAUGUGUGGGUGUUUAUGUGUGUUUUUCCCUAUUUAUAUGUUUACUGCGGUGGAACCUCCUAUUUCCAUUCUCAAUUUUACCUCUCUUCAGGUAUUAAGUAAGUAGAUCGAGGGAUCAGAAGUAUGGUAUGUAACUGGCAUGAUUCUACUUCUAAGGGAUCUGUAGGUUCAUGGUUAAAUGAUUUAAACUGAAUCUAAACAAAACCCAAAGAAAGAAAGAAAAAGAAAAAUGGUGAAAUAGUUUAAAAUAGGUUCAUUUGAACACAGGAAAGGAUUUGUUUGUCUUUUUUCUUUUGUUGGUUGUUCAUUAGGUAAAAAAGAUCUGCAGUGGCCCCUCUCUUUCCUAAUCUGACUCUUACAUUUAUUUUGUGCCUUAGAGAUUAACUACAAAAAUAAACAUGACCAUUUGUCCAUUGUUGAUCUUCUCUUUCAGGCUUUCACCCUUCAUUUCUCCUUCAUCUCCACUAAAUAUAGCACACCUCCCCUCAAGUCACUUUUAAACCAAUCCUUUUAGGUAUAUUCUUAUCAGUGGCAUCACUACAUUUAACUCCCCAAAUUUGACUUGCUCUUUUCUUCUAAGAAUGUAAGUGCUUUUAUCUUUGGUCACUAUUUAAAUUAACUGUGUAAAAUGGACCAAGAAAGACCAUAUUAUGUAAGAAAAUUGUUCUUCAAACAUAUUUUAGGAUUUAUGUUGCAUACUGUGUUAGAGAUUAUAAAAGCAGUGUUAGUUCUCUUUAUCACUCGAAGCAUAGUAUUCUUUCAAAUGUAGUAAAGAAUAAAAUUCACAAAGUACAGUGAACUAAAAUAUCAAAGGGAAAGCUUUAUUUCCUUAUUGUCAUAUCAUUCUUUCUGUUUUAACCUUUUAACUUUAUUUUGAUGGUGCCAAGUUUUGUCUGAUUUACCCUCUGUCAGCUUUAGAUAGGAUUUGGGGUUAUUUUAUUUAACAGUUAGGUAUAACUUUCUGUGUCUCUCUGUUCCUGUUCAAAGUUAAUCAAAUUCAUUUUAGGUCCUGGACUUUCAGUAUGAGUGCCAGCUCUCCUGGUUUCAGGUAGGUGUUUGAGGGUAGAUAGUUUAGGGCAGGAGAAAUGGGGUAAGUUUGGGGAUGAGAGAGAAUGAUUGGGAAUAGUGUGAAAGGAAUUCAUGGAGUUUGUCAAAUAGUUUUUCAAGUCAUCUUCCCUUACCUUAUUUAAAUUCCUACCUUCUCAAAAUAAAUUCAUCUUUAGUUUUCCCUGGAAUUAUAGGAGGGAGCUAUUCCUUCUGUGAAUGCUGCUUUGUUUGCAACUUUGAUGGCUUGUAAUGAGAAGCAUUCUAGUUGUAAAACUCUCAUUAGAGACUUUCACUGGUCAGUGUACUGUCACAUUAGGUGUGAAGUUUGAUGCUGAAGAAAGUCUACAGAUUGCCAAAAUUGUAAAUGUUCCAAACCUUCCUUUCACUUUCAGAAAAUGAGACCACAAUGAGAAUUAAAGUUUUUAUCAAUCAGAUUUACCAAGCAUGUAGAUGUUACUCAUUCUAGGACUGAUGGUGGUAAAGAAGUUGCCAGUGUCAUGCCAAUGAAAAUUCUGAAAGGGAGAAUUUGAUGAUCUUCUAGAUGUGUAUGAACACCUAUCUAUAUCUGCAUGUGUAUAUGUUUUUACCUGCAAUGGUUGCAUUGUUGAUUAUGUGAUCAAGAUCAUUCCUGUCUGCAGAAUGGAAGGCCCGUGUUCAAAAUUGUUCUUUAUUGGCCAGUUUAUGGUCAUGUGAUGACAAUUUGCCCUAGCCUAGAAAAGCUUCCCUUGGUGAAUGUUUUUAUUUAUAUUCACUAAUCUUUUUUUUUUUUUUUAAAGCUUUCAUAGCAUUAUGUAAUCAGGCAAAAAAGCCCAGUAGAAUGAAAGUAUUUUAGCCUAUAUUGUGUGUUUUCUGUCAAAGGAAGAAAUAAUAAAUGACCAAACAGUAACCCUAAAAAUAUAUUUACUACAGCAAAAUCAAACUUUUUAUUCCAGAAGGUGGAAGGAAGGAAGCUACAAAGAGAGACUGUAAUUAUUUGAGGAAAGCGUUUAUUAUGAGAUGCUUUCCUCAGAUUAGCCUGCCAUGGGAUUUAUAGGCAACAUCUAUAUUGAAUUUACUGAAAAAUGCUAGGCUUAGAACUGUUGGCUUUUAUUUUGGGCAGGUUUUAAUGUUGAUGAGCUGACUUUCUGUUUGGUUCAUUUCUUUUGGGAGAAAGAAUGGAGGACUCAACUAGAAAUAGCUACUGAUUACAGACCAUAUUGUAGCAAUUCACACUCCAUGGUACCUUUUUUAUUUCAUGGUACCUUUUCACAAAGUAUUACAGAUAAGUUUGAUUAUCCCAUUUUGGGAAUGCAAGUUUGCUGCAUUUUUAGCUGGACAAUACUUGUCUAAGUGCUGCCUUAUUGGAAAUUCUGAAAACUUCUGAUAUAUUGACCUGAAAUGUAGGGUGUUCAUAUGGUUUUUAAAAAGUAAGUGAUGUUUGUUACUCUCUGUUUUGCACUUUGUCAGAGUAACUUUCACCCUGUUUUAAGUGUAAGCCUCAUUUAAAAAUUAUGUUCUUGCCAGUAAAUUUAUAAAUUACCAAGACAACAUCUGUUGUUAGCUGUUAACUUUAUGAGGUAACUAUAUCCCUGUUUCUUUGGACUCACUUUAAAAUAUGCAGAAUACUGUUUAACACAGUAGACGUUUAUGAGAGAAGUGAGGACAUACAGCUUUCUUCCUUGAAAAGUGAGUAUUUAUUGGGAUGUCAUUUGCCUCACAGAGAGUGUUCCCCACUCACCCUACCCCGAUUGCUGGAUAAUAAAUAAAAGGUUUAAAUGAAAAACGUGACCUAAAGCAAGGAGCUUAGAAUCUUUGGUACAUCUGUCUGCAAAUUCCUUAGGUGGGCUGCACUAUACAGUUCUCUUACUGUAUUGGGAAAGUGUUAACUUAGUUUUUGUUGUUUGCUCUUUUGCUUACAUUUCCCAAAUUAUCAUUUAUGCAGCCAGGUGAAUGUUAAUAUUGCAUGAUAUGCACUUAUCUUGUUCCACGAAUUUUCCAGUACUGUACAAAAUUAACAAAAUAAUGCCUGUGGUAUCUUCUCUUACUUUGAUAUUUGAUACACUGUGAUUUUAGCACAGUAGAGUACUGAAAAGACCUUCCAAGUGUUCUCCCCAACUUUCCUUCUUGGGCUAUUUCAGUAUCAUAUGAGUUAUUUGUUAUUUUAAUUCCAUCAUUGACCAGUCAUUGGCCUAUUUUAUUCUAAUUUCCAGAAAAUACCAUGCCCCAAAUUUGGAUUGUUGGAAAUAAGUCUCUCUAAAAGCAAUGUAUGAUUUUUCCUUCCUUACUAUUUACUGGGUGGGUGAUGCCCCUCUCCACUUUUUAAAAUUUUUGGACAAACAAAAAGAACAGGUGUUUUGUUAGUGUGACAGACGUAGAUCUAAUUCCUAAAACAUAUUCCCCUUGAGCCAGCCAAUGGGGAGGAAAGGAUGAUAAAACACACGUUUUGUCUUCUCAUCUUCAAAUAGUUUUAUCAUGUUACGUAAGUUUCUUUAUUAUUAUUAUUUUUUUAAUUUGUAGAGUCAGCUAAGUACCCAUCAUUUAUGUUUAAAUGCUGAGGGGGGGGGUUGUUUUUGUUUGGUUUGGUUUUUGGUUUUUUUUUUUUUACUUUUUGUACAUAAGGUAACUGGGCAAUCAAACACCUUUUGGGGAUCCUGGCUUUAUUAUUUUCUCAGCCAUUUCAAAAUUAAAUAUAAAAGAAAAUCUUUUGUAGGAAACUUGCAUCCUGAUUUUUCCUUAUUGCAGGUGAAAGUGUAAAUAGUAAGACAAUGUUUAAGACCUUCCUAAUGUCUAAUAUAAACUGGGCUAUAGCAAGUUGCCCUAUUUUUAUUAGGUUUUGAAGGUUUUUGUGUUUUUUUUUUUCUUUUUUAAAUGUACAGUAGAGUGGUGUCUGUAUAAGUGUUAACUGUAGUGGGAUUUUGUCCAGCAAGCCUGACAUUUAUACUUUGAAAUAAACUACUGGGUUUUUAACAUUCUGA